AGAUAAGUAAAUUGAUACCACGCCAUGGAAACCAGCUUACUUGAAUAUUAAGAUAGAAGUCUAACGAAAUCUUCAUCAUGAAGGUGAUCUUUUGCCUACUUGCAAUUUUCUCAGUUGCCGCAGCUAAACCAAAAACCUUGUCAGAACUGGGCUUGCAACCAUUUGCCGAUGGUCAAUAUUUGCUGAGCAGCUUUAUUUCCUCAUGGGUUGAUGCCAGCAACUUUUGCAAGAGCAUUGGUUGCGCUUUGGCUGAUGUCACCACCGAAGACGAGCACUUGCUUUUAACUAGCGUUUAUGCCUCUUCGAUCCCAGACAGAGUUUGGAUUGGAGGAACUGACCUGGGCACUGAAGGAAAUUUCUACUGGGGACAAAGUUUGGAGGAUUUUUCUGCUGAUGUAAAUUUAACCUUUUGGCACGCGGGAGAACCGAGCGGUGUGACUCUGCACGGAAUCCCCGAACAUUGCGUUCAAUACCGCCGCUUUAAUGGUGCCCUCCUUUGGAAUGAUGCACCUUGCGAAAAUGAGUAUCAGUUCAUUUGCGAGGUCAAACCUUCUGUUUGUUAGAUUACGAUUUCCGUGAAUGUACUCAGGAAAAACUUUUCAUAAAUAUAAUUAUAUUGAUAAAUCGGUUAAAAAACUGCAAAGUUGUUUUAAAUGAGAUUUUUAUUAGAACUUUUCAAAUUAAACAGAUCAAUUGUCAACUGCUCAUGCUUUCAACAUAAAACUAGUUUUAAGACUUUAUUGACAUUUUCUUGUAAAUUAAUAAUAAAGAAGAGUAAAUUAUUUCACAGA